GGUAUAUAGGGCUUCUAUAUAUAACUAGAGGGGGAGCCUGGAUACCUGGACUAAAGAAAGAAGUGUACUUGAAUUCUUGAAAACAAGGAGGCAGAGGCAGAGAGGGUGGUGGCCAUAGACCAAGAGAGAGUUAGAGAGAUUACAUUCAACAAUUUAAGUAUUUUUGCGGGUGCAACAAUUUUAUUGUGAUCCAUCAAGAUUAUCAUCAAGUGGGCUACCUGUGAAAGUGCUGCAAUGGAUUUUUGUUGUGCGACCUUGAAAGCCAACACUCAUGUGGCGAAAGCUAGCAAAGGUGGCUUCAACAAUGGAGAUAAAGAGUUUUGGGGUGAAAGGAUCAGAGGGAGUUUCAAUAACAGUGUUUGGGUCAAUCAGUUGGCAAAAAGCCUUAAAGUUGACAAGAGUGUCAAUAAGUUCAAGCCUGGUGUUGCCUUUUCUGUUUUGACAUCAAGUAAUGGCAGAGAAACUGUGACCUUACAACCACCACGAUUUGAGAGAAGAAAAGCAGACCCAAAAAAUGUAGCAUCAAUCAUAUUAGGAGGAGGUGCUGGGACUCAGCUGUUUCCCCUUACCAGAAGGGCAGCAACACCAGCUGUACCUCUUGGAGGGUGCUACAGGCUUAUAGACAUCCCAAUGAGCAACUGCAUCAAUAGUGGGAUAAACAAGAUUUUUGUGUUGACCCAAUUCAAUUCGGCUUCCCUGAACCGGCACCUUGCGCGCACGUAUUUCGGAAAUGGUAUUAUCUUUGGGGAUGGAUUUGUGGAGGUUUUAGCAGCAACUCAAACACCGGGGGAAGCAGGAAUGAAGUGGUUCCAAGGAACAGCAGAUGCUGUGAGGCAAUUUACAUGGGUUUUUGAGGACGCCAAGAACAGGAACAUUGAGAAUAUACUUGUCUUAUCUGGAGAUCACCUUUACCGAAUGGAUUACAUGGACUUCGUGCAACAUCAUAUUGAUAGCAAUGCUGAUUUUACAAUUUCAUGUGCUGCUGUGGGCGAGAGCCGGGCAUCAGAUUAUGGACUGGUGAAGAUAGACGGCAGGGGCCAAGUUUUCCAAUUCGCUGAAAAGCCUAAAGGCUCUGAAUUGAGAGAAAUGCGAGUAGAUACUACUCGUCUAGGGUUGUCUCCGCAAGACGCCAUGAAGUCUCCCUAUAUUGCAUCAAUGGGGGUCUAUGUGUUUAAAACAGAUAUUUUAUUGAAACUUCUGAGGUGGAGGUAUCCCACAGCAAAUGACUUUGGAUCCGAGAUCAUUCCUGCAGCUGUAAUGGAGCACAAUGUCCAAGCAUAUAUUUUCAAAGACUACUGGGAGGAUAUAGGAACCAUAAAGUCAUUCUAUGAAGCUAACUUGGCCCUCGCUGAAGAGCCUCCGAAGUUUGAGUUUUAUGACCCAAAGACACCCUUCUACACAUCUCCUCGAUUCUCACCACCGACCAAAUUUGACAAAUGCCGGAUUGUCAAUGCAAUAAUCUCCCAUGGAUGUUUCUUGAGAGAAUGCACUGUCCAACAUUCUGUGGUCGGCGAACGCUCACGUUUAGAUUAUGGUGUUGAGUUAAAGGAUACCGUGAUGCUUGGGGCAGACUGCUACCAAACUGAAGUUGAAAUUGCCUCUCUUCUGGCAGAGGGUGAAGUCCCAAUUGGUGUAGGAAGGAACACAAAAAUCAGGAAUUGUAUAAUUGACAAAAAUGUGAAGAUAGGGAAAGAUGUUAUCAUCAUGAAUAAAGACGGUGUGCAAGAAGCAGAUAGGGAAGAAGAAGGAUUCUACAUUCGGUCUGGAAUCACCAUCAUAUCGGAGAAGGCAACAAUAGAGGAUGGCACAGUUAUCUAAAUAGAUGAUGGAUCUCAACUAUUUAUCAAGGACUUGAUUUCAAGGUGGUGUUGAGACGAACAUUUUGAAGCACUUUUGAGUGCCUGUUGAAGAAUCCGAUGCAGCAUUCUGGACACGAAAGAAGAAGCAAGCAAGCUGCACCUACUUUAUCCUACGUAAAUUGCAAGAUACCUCCUUGCUUGUAAAAAUAGAGCCCAAGUUACGAUCUGAUAUAAGUUCCUAAAGAAAUCAAAGAGCUAACUAGUUAGCUGCUUUGGGUCAACUUCGUGCUAGUAUUUAUAAGAGUAUAAAAAAAUUGUAUUUUGUCAGAUAUAAUGAAAUGAGCCUUUGAAAUGCUUGCAAUAAAACUUACAUUUACCAUCUA